UUACAGAUGGUGUUACAACGGAAUUGGUUACAAACUCUGACGACCGUGUAUGCAAAACUAAAAUGCGACAAUGCUCAAUAAAAGUGACUGCGGAAUAUUUGCGAGGAGAGAGGGGACCAACAGGACCUGUUGGACCGACGGGAGCUGCUGGAAUGCCGGGUCCAAAGGGGGAGACCGGAGAGCGAGGUCCACCGGGACAGCCGGGAUCUCCGGGAGUUUGUUUACCACCUUACGAUCCAGAUGAUGACAUGGGCGAUAGUGCUUUGGGGGACAAAGGAAAGCCCCUGACUAGACUUUGUAAGGAGUAUCCGUUUGUUCAAGCUGCAAGCGAAGAAAACAAACUAUACUGGAUGAAAGAACAUAAUCCUUUCUUAGUCGCAUGCCCUCGCAGUGGUUGGACCUGUCUUCAAGUUAGGGAAAAAUCUUUUAAAACUAAUUAUACAAGUAUCGGCAGACAAUUUUGGUUAAGUGAACAGAAAUUUAACAUUACUGAAUUUUAUGGGUUGACAUCUGAUCAAAUUUCAUUUUUACAAUCGCAAGCGGGAUCUGCCAGACAGAAAAUAAGAUACAAUUGUAUCAACUCUUGGGUUUUACCUAAAGAUAGAGAACGAUCACUACAAAUUCUCUUAUGGAAUGAUGUCUUGAUAGGACCUUAUCCAGAAGAUAGAUCACCACUUUUUUACAGUAUACUUGAAGAUAAGUGCAAUGAAUCAAACGAGGCGGGUUUAACUCCGGCUUACACUGAUAUUUGGAUUGAAACUUCGUCUCAUCGGUUGCCUAUAAUUGAUUUUAAAAUAAGAGAUAUUAAUAGAGGUAUACAACAAUUGCAUCUGGAAUUGAAAGAGCUGUGUUUCGUUUAA